AUGGAGCCUGGUGUCUGGCCUUUCUUCCUCCUGUGGGAUGAUGCUGACACUUGGUUUAUUUUUUCAUGGCAUGUCCUUAUUGUCCUCGCCUGUGUUGUCAUCUUCAGGCUGAGGAAAUCUGGUGCAGCCGCCAAGUCUUUAACCAGCAAGACGGUAAAUUUUUCUUUGUUGGAAGAGGAAGAGGAUGAAGAGGAUUUACUCCUGAGUUCAUGCUCAUCUUUUUCAUCUUCGUCAUCUUUGUCGAGCCAGGACCUGGAGACUUCCUCGGAGGAGGAGGAGGAGGAAGAAGAUAAUGACGAACACCAGCUGAGGAAGAGGCAAUGGGCACGGCGAAGACUCAGAAAGCUGAAGCCUGUGGUCGAGGGUUUGAGAACCUUGCCGUUCAUGGAGGAGGGCCACUUGGAUGGAGUGAAGAGUGGGAGGGCAGGGCGGGAUCACCAGCACCCUCCAUCCUCAUGUUCCACAGCUCCAAAGGAUGGAUCCCACCCUUUCCAGGUCAGAAUUUGGGUUCAUUCUGGGAAGAAGUCGCUCCAGACUGGGCCCAAGACCGUUCCUAAACUGGUGGUGACCUCCCAAAAAACCACUGCCCCAGAAGAGGAGGUGAAGCGGCCUAUGCCCAAGCUCAUCCUGCAUAACAGCCGCCGAGAGUGCAGCGGACCAAGCCUCCUCCUCCGAUGGAAGACCAACUGUGUGGUCAUGAACCUGAAAUGCAAGUCCCUCCAGGUUGUAUGGAACCACCAAACCCAGUGCCACCAGUCCCUGCCCAAGACAGCACUCAUUCCUUUGCAGCCGCGGCCAGAUAUUCCACCUCGGAGACACGCCGUCCUUGAAUUCAGAGGUGUAAAAACUCCAUAUUGUUUCCACCGUGCACGACAGCUCUUGGAAUCCCAUAGAAUUGGGGGAAAACUCCGGCACCAACGGGGACAACAGAGGCUGGGACCAUGGUCCUUGGGAAGCUUUGAUGUGCUCCUUGGCAGCUCCCAGUCUUUCAUCUGCAGAGAGACAGCACAACAACUGGACAACCACAUUCAGAGAAAGAUGGCAGAGAGGGUGUUUGGCCUUCCCAGGAGGGUCAUGGACUCUCUUAAUCGCUUCAUGCCUGCCCCCCUUGCGAUCCCAGAGGUGCCCACAGAUAACAGGGAGGCCUCAACGUCUCUCCAAAGUGAGAUAUCUUGGACAACUUCGACAGCGGCACUGAGUUUCAUACAAGGACAAUGCCCAGGAAGCGGCCAGCCCUCAACAAUGCAAAGACUCAUAUCCAAAUAUUCUGUGCAGAUCCAUCUGAAACUGGCAGGUGUGGCAUUCAAAGUGCCCCCGGUGACAGCCGACCAGGUCAGGGAAUGCCAAAGUCUUCCAAAAAUGAUCUCACGUGGGAUGAAAACCCAUCAGCUGCGAACCCAAGAGCUCUCCUUUGUGGAACGUGAAGCCUUGGGCCACCUCGAACUCAACCUCAUCCACAAAGACUUGAUUUUCAAGUGGGGUCUGCCCACGCUCUACCAAACAUCCCUCUCCUUCCUGUCUGCAAGUGUCUGGUGCCAGGCAGGCCCUCCUUCCUCAACUUGGAGGAGCACAAGCGUCGGCUUCCCUUCCACAAAGACCCUGCGGUUCAUUGGCCAGGGAGCCCAGAUGGAGCUGGAAUGGCACAUCAGAUGGAAGAGGCUGCAGCACUUGUGGGGGCUGCCCCGCCUUGUCCAGAGGUCCCUGAGGAGGCUUUCCCCAGAAGCCCCCCACAUGCAGAGACCUGGGCAGAUGGAGGUGGUUGUGCUCCCUGCUCAGCUCUCCUUCCUGAGUGAUGUUACCAAACAACAGCUGGAGAGAAACUUGCGGAAAAGGAUCAUCUUCCGGCAAUGGUGCCUGCCCAAGAGAGUCCUUGAGUCCCUCUGGCUGCUUUGCCCUGAGAUGGUAAGGACUGUAGAUGUGGAGCGCAGACUGAGGAGCAGAGCAGAACCAGCUCCACGGCAACCUCGGGUGUUCCCCACGCCGCGUUGUGAAGCCCUGGAGAAGAUGGUGCUCCACUUGGAGAAGAAGUGUUUGGAGGUGCAACUGGGAGUCCCCCUGGCCUUGACCCAACCACCCUCACCCACAUUGAGGCGGCCUCUGCCCCAAAAGAUCUUCCCUGGCCAGAGAUGCCCCAAACCACGCAGCCACUCUCUCACCUUUGGCCGCCAGGAGGACAUGGACCGCCUGGAGCUGACCCUGCGGCACAACCACCUGACGUCCCUCUGGGGACGGGGCACUCGUUUCCUUGAGGAUCUGGGUCCAAGGGCGCCCCGUGCCCCCUCCUGCUUCCAGCCCCCCAGGCCCAAGCAGGCAAAGGCUCUCCCGCUCUCAGAAGAGGAGACCCCGUUCCUCCAAACGCAGGAGAGGGAAGCCUUGGAGCUCCAUGUCAAAAGCAAGAGGCUCCAGCACGAAUGGCGCCUGCCUGGCCUGCUUGAGAGGUCACUUUCGGGAUUCCGGCCAGCUCCCCGCUUGCAGACCGGCCCCUCAAAACUGGGUAUCUCUAUCGAUGUUCUGCGGCAGGACCCCUGCUUUCUCCCACAAAGCACCUUCCAACGCUUGGACUUCCAUCUUCAGAGGAUGAAGCUGCAGAGGCAAUGGGGAUUGCCCAAGAGGGUCCUGGGAUCCCUGAAGGGUCUCUGCCCUGGGAUCAUGGUGGGUCCCCCUGAUGUCCACCAGACGGAAGAUGGGGUGGCCCUCUCCCAGGGUCCUGGUCAUCAUGUGAAUCCUGGUCUCUCCAUCCCUGGGAGGACGGAGGGGAAACUUCUUCCCAUGUUGGCGCCCAACAUUAUGAACAGGAUGGAGGUCCACUGGGCCAGGAAGUCCAUGGAGGUGAAUCUGGAAUUGGUUCCAGAUAUGGUCAGGCGCUCUUGGCUGCAGAUGGCCCGUCUUUCCAGGCACCCCCUCCCCAGAAAUAUCCCUCCAGGUUUAAUGCCGCAGAAGGUCCGCACAUCCUCCUUCCCAUUUCUCCAUGCAGGGAAAAUGGACAAGAUUGAGAUGUCCGUGAAGUGUCACCACAUGGCCUUCCUGUGGGGCUUGGGGACUCUCCAUGUAGAGGCCCUGAGUGGGAUGAUGGAGCCCAAACCCACUCCUGAGCAUCCAGGACCCAGAGGGAGCUGCAUUGCUUUCUCAGAAUCGGAAACACCCUUUCUCCUGGAGGAGGAGAGGCAAGCUUUAGAGACUCAUGUGUCAAUGAAGAAGAUCCACCAUGCAUGGGCAUUACCAGGCCUUGCCCAGAAGUCCAUAAUGGCUUUUAUGCCAGAGCCUCCCCAAGCACCCUUCCAUCAGAAAACCACGAUUGACAUUGAGAUCAUUCCAGGGGAGCUCUCCUUCCUUUCCCAAAAGGUCUCCAGUGUCUUGGAAUUCCACAUUCAUAAGAGGACCAUCAAGCAACAAUGGGGCUUGCCCAGGAGGGUGCUCCAGUCCCUCCACCUGAUGGCCCCAAGGGAUGGAAGUCAUCACCAAGAGCCUUCUGAUGGCCAGAGCUGGAGAAGCUGCCUCAGAUGGCCUGUCCAUGGGGAAACCCCCAUUGGAAGUUGGCCAAUGGGUGCAAGAGGAGCAGAGCAGGACAUCCUGAGGAGAGGGGCAGAGAGUAUUUUGGACACCGAGAUCUUGAGAAAGGUGGCUAAAAAGGGUACAGAAAUGUUCUUUGAGGCUUCCCCAAUAGCCACUGAAGCCUCCUGUGAAGAUGGAGGUCCCCAGACAGGACAAGCCUUUCUCAAGGUGAUCCCUGCUGGCCAUGGCACCAGGCAGCCCCAAAGCACUUCUCUGACCAUGGUAUCCCACAAAGAGAUGGGGAGGAUGGAGUUGGAUGUCCAAAGCCAUCACUUGUCUCCCUUAUGGGGCAUGAGCAAGACCGACAAGGAAGGGCUUCCUGGAAUGGGGCGGGCAUCAUCCAACCUGCCCCAUAAGUACAGACAGGUAGACAUUGAGUUCUUGGAGAUACAGACACCCUUCAUCCUGAAAGAGGUGAGAGAAGCCCUAGAACUUCAUGUGACCAAGAAAAGGAUCCAGCAUGCAUGGGCAUUACCAGGUCUUGUCCAAAGGUCUGUAAUGGCUUUUAUGCCAGAGCCUCCCCAAGCACCCUUCCAUCAGAAGACCACGAUCGACAUUGAGAUCAUUCCAGGGGAGCUCUCCUUCCUUUCCCAAGAGGUCUCCAGUGUCUUGGAAUUCCACAUUCAUAAGAGGACCAUCAAGCAACAAUGGGGCUUGCCUAGGCGGGUGCUCCAGUCUUUCCGCCUGAUGGCCCCACGGGAUGGUGGUCUUCAUCAAGAACCAUCGGAUGGCCAGAGCAGAAGGAGCUCCCUCAGAGGGCUUGGCCUUGGGACAACCACCAUUGGAAGUUGGCCAAUGGAUGCAAGAGGAACAGCGCAGGAAAUUUUGAAAAAGAGAGGGGCAGUGGAUAUGCUGGAUGCUGAGAGAGUGAAGAAGGUGGAGCAUCACGUGGCUAAGAAGCACAUGGAGAUUCAUUUCAGGGUUUCCUCAGUGGACACUGGAGUCUCCGGGGAAGAUGGAGGUCCCCUGGCAAGGCAAUCCCUUCCCAAGCUGAUCCCUCCUGGCCAUGGCAGCAGGCAGCCCCGAAGCACUGCUCUGACCACGGUAUCCCACAAAGAGAUGGGGAGGAUGGAGUUGGCUGUCCAGCGUUGUCACUUGGCUUCCUUGUGGGGCCUUGUGGGGACUUACAUAGAUGGGCUCGCAGGAAUGGGUCCAGGGCUAUCCACCCGGCUCCCCAGGUAUACACAGGUAGAUGUUGAGUUCUUGGAGAUGGAGACGCCCUUCCUCCCAAAGGAUAGGAGAGAAGCCCUCGAAUUUCAUGUGACAUGGAAGAGGAUACACCAUACAUGGUCCUUACCAGGCCUUGUCCAGAGGUCUCUUCAGGCCUUCCUUGCACCUUCUCUGCUGGUGCCAACGUCAAAAUAUCACCCAGUUGGCACAGUCCAGGAAAUUGGGAUCCAGAGCAAUAGACCAUCUUUUUUCUCUGACUCGGUCCAGAAGGACCUGGAGGCCAGUUUGAAAAAGAUGGCCAUUCGCCGGCAGUGGGGCCUCCCCAAAAGGGUCCAGAAUUCUCUCCAUGCGGUCUCACUGGCCACACCAGCCACCAGGGCACAGUGGCCCCACCAGGAAGAGUCCCGUUCUGCAAAACCCGCAAGAGGAGGCCAUGGACUUAAAAUGGAAACAACACCGCCAAGAGAGGGUCCUCGUCAGAAAAAGGCGGUCCAAAGGUUAUCUAAGUUGGAUCCUGUCUUCAGGCAGAAGCAGCUCAGGAGCCCAUUCCUGCCCUUCCUGGAGGAGAAGAUGGUGGAUAUGAUGGACAUGAACAUCCGGUACAAGUACCUGAGGUACCUCUGGGGGUUUCCCAGUGACCAUGCGGGCUCCUUAUACUGGAGACACUGGAGGGCAAAAUCCAGACCCAAUGUCAAGAAGGUCCCCAUGACCACCAAAACACUGGAGAUAGGUAGGGCUCCAAUGGUCCCAAAGGGACAUGGGGUAAGGAACCAACCAAGAUCUAUGGCUAAAGUGUCUGCAGGACUGAAGGCCAUGGACCCCACAGCAUCCCACAAAGGGAACAGGGAACUGGAAGAGUUCUACAUCACGCAAAAGAAGAUUUGCUACCAACAAGGUCUCCAGAACUUUUCGGCCACACUCAACGCAAGUGCCCUCAAAACCCAAGUGAGCCCAGAGACUCCUGAGGAAGAAACGUUGGAGACCAGAGAGGAAGAGAUGCCUCUCUUGGGUGGAAGCCAAGGGAUUGAGCAGACUUUGAGUGAAAGGUCAUCCAUCUCUGGUGAGAGUAGUCCACAAAUCAUAGAGGAACCAAGGGAGCAACCCCAGAGAAAGCUUCAUGGGAGACAUUCGGAGGCAAAAGCAUCCACAGGUGGUCAGACCAUGGAUCUCCGUGCCUUCCAGGAGGGGAACAGGGGGCUGCUAGAGUUCCACAUUAUGCACAAGCAAAUCUGCCGCCGGUGGCAGGACUCCUUGGCAGCCUACAGCCCACCGGACUUCACCUUCCAGGUGAAUACAGAGAUAUCUCCGGAAGAGACCUUGGAGACCACCGAGAAAAAAAUGGCCUCCUCAGAGGGAAGCCAUGAGGUUACGAGAGUGUGGUCUGAGCAAAGAUCACAACUAUGGGACAAAAUAGAUGCUACAGAUGGACAAAGCCGAUCCACCACCACUGAAGGGCGGUCCAGUAGCGAGAGUGUCCACACAUCUGAAGGGUCAGCUGUGGAAAGGGUCCUGGCAGUGACUCCUGAGCCACUGAGCCCAUCUGCUGCUAAGGAGGAGACUGUCCCUGACACCUAUCUCUCCUCAUGGGCCACAGAAGACUAUUCCACUACUGAUGAUCAAGGAGGCCUACUCCAUCCUUACGUCCCAUCUUCUCAGGAGGAUCUCCUCCAGCCCUCACAAGCAACCACACACCAGACACGCAUCUACGCCCGAGCUGUGCGGUCCUUCUUUCAACUUGUGGACAUUGUCGAGGAUGGGUUGGUGGUGGGGUUGACCCAGGAACAGAAGAAAAUACUUCGCUGGAGGGCCAGAGAGCAGGAAUCCCGAAUCUGUUCUGGAAGGGGACCCACAGAGGCACCCACCGAGGCCACCCUUGACAGUGAAAGCUCCUCAUGGACCAGCGAAGACACCAAUAGCUCCUCAUGGACCACUGUAGACACGGAUAGCUCCUCAUGGACCACGGAGGAGUAUGAGAGCAUGCCUGGAUCCCCUCAACCUCACGACGAGGAGAGUCAUUAGCUCUUUUAGCAGAAAUAUAAAAAGAAGUUAAGCUUG